UAGAUUUUGUUCAAUUUGAAAAGAUUUUUGCAGCAAGUUAACGCUGUCGCCUGCUACCUAUGUGUGGCUGUUUUCAACAAGUUUAGCUUAAAUUUAGUUAGGUAUUUAGGGUUUUACUGAAUGUACAGAGAUUUUGAAUAAAGAAGUUGCCGUGAAAAGGAUUUUUUGCUGAUUAACUCGACAAAUAACCAACAAAAUGUCAGGAGAAGCUCAGGACUCGCAACCCAUCUGGACUCGCCCAUCGAGGCAUAAAAGAAAGAGACGAACGAGGGCGCAAAUUGAUUACGUCGAGAUGUCUGUCAGGUACGGUUCAAUAAAGCUUCAAGUUCCGCAUGGAUUUAAAAGUCUUCUGGAACAUCUAGCAAGGGAGAUACUGCGUGAACAACCCAAGAAUAUUCCCGAAUUUGCCGCCGCAUAUUUCAAGCAUUUACUGCAGAAGCGUGAAGAUGGCCGUGCAGAUGAAUACUUAGUGAACGAACGAAUAGUAGAAUCAGAAGUCACUUUACCAAGCGCAGUGGAAGCAGAACCAGAGCCUGCACCACAAAGUUACGAAGUAGUCACUCAGGAACCUGUCUCAGCUCCGGCUGAAGAUGAGCAAGUUACUCAACAAGAAGAAGAAGAAGAAAUGCCUGAUCUUGAGGAUCCAGAGGUACAAAAAGCAGCUACCAUGAUCCAAGCCUCCUUCCGGGGAUUCAAGACAAGAAAAUCAAUAUCACCUUCCAAAGCUCCUACUCAGAAAGAUAUAGAGCAGUUACAAGACCAAGCUUGCAGCAGUUCUUCGUUCGAGAGAACAGCAAGCGACGCAACAACAGAUAAAACAGCUUUAAUAGAAGCUCUUGUACAAUCAGGAGAGAGUUUAGAUAGUAUCGGCCCUCCUAGUUCGUUAUGCGUUGUGCAGAGCGAUACGCAACAAAUAGAAGAGUUGAACGCGCCAAGUGAAUCAUCCCUUGUUGUUAGAGAGACGUUAGAUGCAGCAUCACAGCCUGAAAGUAUACGCAGACACUCAGACAUUGGUCCGCUGGAAGUGGUGGGACGCCAGGCUCAAUCGAAGCCACCAGUAACAUCUUCACCUGUUGUCUCCACCCCACAGAAAGUUUCUGAAGUGCCCAUUGAGCCCAUCGAGGUCCAAAGUAGGAAUGAUGCUGAAUUAGACCAUGCUGCUGUGUGUCAGUCAUUGGUCUGCACCAAGACAGGUCUAGAUGCAGCAGAGCCUGCUGAAGAGCCAUCUGCUGCUGAACCCUCAGCCGCCGAAGAAUCUGCGGUUGAACCAGUCGCUGAAGAGUCUACGGCUGAACCAGAUACUGAAGAGCCUGCUGCCGAACCAGCCGCUGAAGAGCCUGCAGCUGAACCAAAUACUGAAGAGCCUGCCACAGAACCAGCUGCAGAAGAGCCUGCAGCUGAGAAGCCUGCAAACGAACCAACCACUGAAGAGCCUGCAGCUGAACCAGCUGCUGAGGAGCCUGAACCAGCACUGCAGGAAUCUGAAACGAAAGAAGACGAAACUGCAGAAUCACAACCAGCACAGGAAGAGGCUCCCGUUGCUGCCCAAGAGGAAAAGACGGAGGAAGCAGCUCCAGAGGCAACUGAAGGAGCCAUCCCAGAAACAACAGCAGAACAAGAUGAGACUCCGCCGGCAACAACUGCAGAAGAACCACAGGCGGAAGCAGCUGAGGAACCACAGGCCGAAGCAGCCCCAGCAGAACAAGUUGAAGCUGAUGUAGAACUUAUCCAAUCUGAGGCUCCAGCAGUUGUGACAGGAGAGACAUCGGCAGCUGAAACAACUGAUGCCCCUACUGCAGCUGAAGAAACAAAGACAGAAGAACAAACUGAGGAAGUAGCCGAGCCUGCUGCAACAGAAGUUGAGGCUGAGCCUGCGGCAGCAGAAGUUGAGGUUGAGCCUGCUGCUGCAGAAGUUGAGACUGAGCCUGCUGCAGCAGAAGUUGAGGCUGAACCUGCAGCAGCAGAGCCACAAGCUGAAGAAGCUAAAACAGAGGAACCAGCAGAAGAAACAAAAACUGAGGAACCAGCAGCAGCUACGGAGGAAGAAAAACCUGCGGAAGUAACAGAAGAAGCUAAAGCAGAAGAGCCAGCAGCUGCAGAGGAAGAGAAACCAGCGGAAUCUGAAGACAAACCUGCUGAAUCUGCUCCAGAGGCUGCAACUGAAGAGAAAUCAGAAGACAAACCAGCAGAACCUGAAUCCGCUCCAGAGGCUGCAGCUGACGAGACUAAACCAGAGGAAGCAGCACCAGCAGCGGAGUCAGCUGAGCCAGAAAAGACUGAGGAGGAGCCCGCAAAACAAGAAGAGAGCCCUCCGGAGGCUGAACAAAGCGUAUCCAUGGCUGAAGAAGCAACAUGAUUUUAGUUUUCAUAAUUUCAUUUCUUUAAAUCGCACUGUGUUUUUCUUUCAACCCAACAAAUUUUGUCUUGUUUUUUUCGAGCGAGCAAACAAAGUAAAAAUAGUGGCUGAAUUUGUAGUCCAGCUUAUUACUCAACAAUAGCUUUCUUGGCGCUCCCAUCAAUAAUGAGUCUCCUUUGCUUCCGAAUAUGCAUAACCGUCCUUUGGAUAUUCUCUGGAAAAAUGAUAAGUUUUCUUAAUGAAGACUCGAGUUUUUGGAUGGUGGACGCCAUUUAUCUGGAAUUUUUUUUUCAAGAUUUUUUUUACGCCUUGUAUACGAGCAGCAUUUAUAUACAUUGGGACAAUCUCCUUUCCAGGGGCAUAGCCAGGAGGUUGAGUGAUUGCCAUGUCGUCCUGUAAAGAAAGCAUUUAUCUGUAUCAUACAUACCGGUAGCAAUUUUUAGUAGCUUGCAACGCUUUUUGACCCUCAAUACCUGGAAAUUCACACGAUUAUCUAGCUCAGGGCUACUCAACUGGCGGACCGCGGUCCGAAUCCGGAUCUUUCGACUAUUUGAUUCGGACCGCACCCAAUUCUUUAUUUUGGAUCAUUAUUCUCACUUUUAAAGUUUCAUUUUAUAAAAUGACAUUUAUUGUUUUGAAUAAAUAUGAAAAGAACUGUAACACCAUAAUAAACAAUCUUGAUUAGCUAAUAAUAAUCGUUAGCCAGUCGAGGAUGUGCGCGUUUGCGGAUGCCGAAAUAUAAAUUAUGGAACGCCGGACCUAAAAAAUUUUGAUGUUUUGUACGAGGGUCUUCGGUAAAAAUAGUUGAGUAGCCCUGAUCUAGCUGAUUCAGUCUAACUUGGCAAUUAGAAAUUACUGGCUACGUCCCUGAAUUAAAUAAGCCUGGAGAACAGAAUAAAACUUGCUUAUAUAAACCUUGUUUGGAGUGGAAUGAGGGAAACCCUAUUUGCGUUCUUGUGUUUUAUAGAAAAUUUGUUGGGUUCUGUAUUAUAAAUACACAAAUGUAAAGUCACUGUUUUGUAAUAUAAAAUAAGCAGAUG